UAGGAAUUAUGAAUAAUUCCGUCUAUGGCGAUGGCUCGAACAUUUCAGAACUAGUUCAACCGCUCUGUGUCUCCCACAACCAAAGCACUUUCCCGCCACUGCGACUGGAAUCCAAAUCGCUGGUCACUUCAGCCACUAUGUUCGCUUUUGGAGUCAUGGGGAACCUCAUUGCCAUUGUUGUGUUGUGCAUCUCAAAGAAAGAGCAGAAGGAGACCACGUUCUAUACGCUGGUUGUUGGAAUGGCUAUCACGGACCUGUUGGGCACCUGUUUCACCAGCCCGGUGGUUAUCGCCACCUACAUAGCCCAGAGGUGGCCCGGUGGAGAGYUACUGUGUGACUUUUUCUCCUUCUCUAUGCUCUUUUUCGGCUCGGCUGGAAUGUCCAUUCUGUGCGCCAUGGCAGUUGAACGAUACCUGGCCAUAAACCACGCGUAUCUUUACUCCCAAUACAUUGACCGGACGACGGCGCGUUUGGCGCUCAUGGGCAUCUACCUGGCUAACAUUGUGCUGUGCAUCAUGCCCAGCUUUGGUUUCGGGAAGCAUGUGCGCCACUUCCCGGGCACGUGGUGUUUUUUGGACUGGAGGGCGACGGACCCCCUCGCUGCCUCGUACUCGUUUCUGUAUGGCGGGUUCAUGCUGGUGUUGAUUGCGGUGACAGUUCUGUGCAACUUCGCAGUGUGUCGGUCACUUGUGGGGAUGAGCCAGAAGACGCGGAUAGUGAGAGCGAAGGUGUCCGCGCAAGUAGGCUCACGGCGCGUGUUCCUGCCCUCCGUCACCUGCCCGUCCGCGGCUGAGAUCCAAAUGUUCUGGCUGCUGAUAUUUAUGACCAUCGUUUUCCUGGUGUGCUCCAUUCCUUUGGUGGUGCGCAUCUUUGUAAACCAGCUGUAUGGUCCUUCCAACAUCUGUGCCGGAGUGAAUCCAGAUUACCGCAGUGAUCUGAUGGCCAUUCGCUUCGCCUCGUUCAACCCCAUUCUGGACCCCUGGGUAUACAUCCUCUGUAGGAAGAACCUGUUGGUCAAGGGCUGUGAGAGGGUAAAGAAGACAGUUGGGCAAGUCAAGGCGGGCCGCGGGCRUAAUUUAGGCUGGGUUGGCACUAGCAGUCAUCAUUCACUCCCGUCGUUUGAACACAGCAACGAGACCAGUUACGCGUCAUUACGCACGACCAACUACAGAAACGAUUCGGAGACCCAGGUUACCACCAAAAAUAAAUCGUUUACAGACUUUACCAUGCGACAAGCCUGGGACCUUGACACGGCGCGGGCGAACUUUCAUCCGUUUAGUGUAGACCAGACUACCGUGAUCGGUUUCGAGGCGGAGAUAGCGGUGGUGUCCAACCCGGCCAUGAUCGCGUCACAGCUCGGAAGCAGCGAGGCGCUUCCGGAGAUGUGCUCACCAGCAGGUCUUCAUAGACACGUCAGUAAAGUGGACAUAGUCACCUGUACCUUCAGCACACUAAGCUCCUGUCAAUCGGAGAAGUGUCUCUGAUCAACUGUUUCCCAACAAACGUAAAUGUUUUCAUAUAGACUUUUACAGCAAAUGUCUGAGAUGCUGAACACAGA